AUGUCAGCACCAUUUGAUUUACUCAUAUUGAGUCAACAAAAAAUUGCUGCUGCAGCUGGUUCAUCACCAUCACGUGAAACAUUGAAUAAAGUUCGUCUUCGUAUUAUACAACAAGUAUUUAAUGAACGAAGACUUGUUUGUCGAAAUCGCGUUGAAACAAAUCGACGAAAUCUUGUUUUAUCAACAAUCGAACAUGCACAUCAACGUGAACAAGCUACACAACGUACUCAAAAAGAAAAUAUUUUAACUGAGUUAAAACAAGAAAAAUAUGUUAUCGAUAGUUGUCUUGCACUUUUACCAUCUUAUGAACCAAUUGAUCUUACUAAACCGAAAGAUUUCUAUCGAUUUGGUGUACGUGUUCAAUCAGCUGCUCCUCAUGUUCGUUCACGUGUACCUGAAAUUCAUUCGAAUUCAAUUCGUUCUAAUCGUGAAAAUAAUCAAACUCGUGCUAAAUCUGCAUUAAUAGGUCCUCGAUCACAUACAGCACCUAUUCAAACAGUUGAUCAUGAAGAUAUUGAAAGUGAUGAUGAAACAAUAUCAACUUCUACUUCACGUAUAACAUCAAGCAAAAGUUCACAUGAUCGUAUAACAUCUGCUAUUUCAAGUAUAGAUAUUCCUCAACAUUUAUCUGAAUUACCUACAAAUAAUUCUGAUAUAAUACCACCAAGUAUUCCAUCAUCUAUACAUCGUAUAACAUGGCCUGUUAGAUUAAAAGUUUUUGCUUUACAAAGUGAAGAUGAAGCUCGUCAACAAUUUUUAAAUUGGCUUGCUGAAAAACGUAAAACAAAAAGAAAAGAAUCUAUAAAACAAUAUUAUGAUCUUGAACUUCAACGAAAAUAUCAAGAAUCAAUUCGACGACGAAAAGAAAUUGAAUCAUUUGUUACACCUGAUAUAAUUGAAGAACAUAUUAGAAAUGAUCCUAUUUUUGCUAAACGUUAUCGACAAUUACAAUUAGCUAUUCGUACUGGUAAAGUUCCUAAUUAUGAUCCAAAAGAUCAUGAUACAAAUAUAAUAAUGACAAAAUCAAAAAUUGAUCGUGUACGAACAGCACUUAUUACAGCUAAAAAAUCACGAAUAAAAGAUUUUUAUCGAAAUCAACAACUAAUCAAUGAUGCUACUUUAUCAGAACGUGUUGAAAAUUUUCUAAAGAAUCUUACUGAAUUCAAUCAACAACAAGAACAACAAAUUUAA